CCCCGGAGACCGUUGAGGCCGUCGUCGCCACCACGCCGACGGGCGGAUAAAAGAAAAAAAUAAAACCCGCGAAAGUCGCGCCAGUAGCGCGUGACGCUCCACGCCGUACGUAUUUAUACACGAGCGCGAGUGCGCGCGACCGCCGUAAUCGUUUUAUAACACCUACCUAUAUAAUAACACUCAACGGUGUUAUUAUUAUUGUUAUUAUUAUUAACAUCGCAACACGGUUGACCGCGAACCGCCAGUGGCCACCGACCGUAGGCACAACCGCACGAGCCGCGGUUUUCGGCCCCGCCGCCGCCGUCGUCUCAUUACGCACCACGCGCGCGACCGGACCGCAGCGCGUUCGACGCCAGCAAGACAGCCAGUCACACCGUACACGACCGUCGGACAGGCCCGUCGUCGGACGUCACCGUUCGUGCUGUCCAACCGGAACCGAACCGUAAACACCGCCGCACAACACAUAUAAAUACCGUUGCGAUUGCUGUAUUGUAUCCAAUUAUCAUCUAUUCUCCGACACCAUCAUGACUGCCGCCGCUGCCGCCGCCGCCGAAGUCGAAGCACAGUCGACCGAGUACUGGGUGUUCGGGUACGGGUCGCUGUGCUGGAACCCGGGUUUCGAGUACACGGACUCUAUCAUCGGUUACGUGCAGGGUUUCUCCAGAAAGUUUUGGCAGGGAAAUGUGGCGCACAGGGGCACCAAGGAAAAAGUAAGCGUUCAGUUUUUUUAAUCUCUAGUUUAUUAUUAUACUAUAUUAGAUUCGACCGUACAACAAUACUAUGGUUCUUCGAAUCCCGCGUGUAAGGAUACGGUCAAUACGAAUAGCCCGUCCGGCUUAGCGGCGCGCACGUGUCGUCUACCGUCGCGUGUUAUUUUGUAAACACAUUCACUCCAGCGCCGCCGCCGACAGCUGAUGCAAUCUUUCCAACGAUUUCGUUCUGUUCUUUUAUUUCGUUUACUGGGAACCACUGACGAUUCACACGCUUUUUAUCGUUGCCGUCCCGCGUAAACGCAUCGCGUCCUCGGCUACGGAACCCCUCGAAAUCCUACCGUUUUUUUUUUUUUUUUUUUUUAUUUGUUUUUUUACACGCCGUAUACGCGUCACGAUUCACAAAAUAAUAACAUUGAUAAUAUUUCGCAGAUACCGCGAUCGAGAUCGAUUCCCAUCUCGCGUCGGCGAAUAAAGUUUCUCGUAUCCAUAAACGGCCACCUGUUUCCUCCUCCCUCCCACUUACCCCGUUCGUAAUAUUCGAGUAGGUUAUUAUCGUUUAUAUACUGCCGUUGUAUUAAGGUUUUUUUAUUUUAUAUAUAUAUAGGUAAGUAGCCGAGAAUUUUAGUAUAUAGGCAAAGAACCGCCGCGAAGAUAGACUCGUAUGCAUUUCUCGUCCGGGGGUUCUCAAAACAUGUCGUGAUAUAUUUUCGAGAAACGUACAUCAAUAAUCGGGUGUCGAUUGAUAUUCGAACGGAUAUACCUAAAUUGUCGACUCCUAUAAAUAUUGUUUUUUUAUUAUAUAGUCUAGUAGCUAAACAAUAUUGCGGUUAUAUUUUGGUAAACUAGUAAAUUAAAUAUAUUUGGGUCGUGAUUUUAAUUAAAACUCAAAAUCUGUUUUUGGAACUUCCAUAGUUUUUUCUUUUUAUCUAAAGUAUCAUAUUAUAGUAAUCUUAAAAAACACUUUUAUCGUGUAUACCGGCUCAUAAACAUUAUAACCGUGACGUUCUCACGGGGGGAUGAUAAGGGUCAGCCUACCUUUUGUUUUUUUUUGCAAUAAAUUGUUACAUACGAUACAAAAUUUGAAAUAUCAAGUGUUUAACACGUCACAUUAUCAAUAUUUGUUCGCUUGAUAUUAAUGUUAUACAAUAAUUGUAUAAUAUAGUCGCUGUACCUAUAUAUUAGUUAUGAUUUUUUCAACAAAUAAUCAUGUCACCAACUAAAGAAAGGUACGGGUUACGCCACAACAUGAUAUCAAUCGAUCUAUGGGUAUACAUUGUUUUAAAACCACAUUAUUAUUUUAAUCAUCGCGCUAUUUUUUCGAUUAUUUUGAGAUUAGUGUAGACUAUUUCUUACUUACUUACUCAUCGGGUAUAUUGGCUACUUAAAUUUAAAAAUACAACGUUUGUAUAAACUUCCAUUUGUUUGUAAAAUUUGUUCACGGGGCGAUCGAUUUUGUAUGUUGUUUUAGUUUAACGAAAAUGCACUGGCGCAAAAGAUGUUUUUCCUACCUAUAUAACAUAUUUUCCGGGUCCUAGUUUAAUAAAUUGAUAUUCGGCGCAAUUUACUAAACCAUUUCUUUCGUCUGUUUGCCAUUUGUUAUUUUUGUUGUGUAGCCAGACUUUAUUUUUUUGAUACAGCCAUAUUAUUAUAACGAUAAAGCGAUCGGGUUUGGUAAACUAAUCGAUAAUUCUCUUAUUUCGUCACGUUGUCGUCGGACGACGAUUCCGCCAAAACUGGUUUCAUUGUUUACGUUAAUUUUUCGGACAUUUUUUUUUGUUUUUUGUCGCUUGUCGUAAACUAUACAGAUUCUCACGCGAUAUAAACAAAGAUGUAACAAAGAUGUAGUUGGAACUACGCAGUUGGCGAUUUUUACAUGCACAUAAUGUACGCACGGCGACAUAGUUCAACGAAUGCAAAUUUUAUUUUCGAAUCUCCAACCAGAUUUUUGCACAAUUUUUAUAAUUCUAACUCGUCGUUCGCGCGUUUAAAGUAUAAGUACGUAAUAAUAAUGAAAAUAUAGUGGCACUUGAUGUUACUAUUUAUAGGUGGUCAUAGUGCCUUUCACUCGAUCCUAUACUCGUAAACGUAAAUUAAUGUGUCACAACAAAAACCCGUGCAAAAAUGUCCUUUGUAAAAUGAAAAUUAAAAAAAACAAUAAGGUCGUUAAUUAUUAUAACGCACGUGUUUAUCUAAAAUAUCGAUUGACGAUUGUCGAAGCACACAAACGAGACUAAUUCGUAACAAUAAUGUAGACUCGUGAAAAAUUAACGCUAUACCCGGGGCUAUACCUAUCAUGAGAGUUUUUUUUUUUUGCUAUUUACAUACAUAUAUCCAUAUAUACUUAUAUUUGAAUACGUUUAUGUGCGUUAAACUGGUUAAUAUUACUGCUCUAUAUAGAUUAUUAUAUUUCGUAUCAUUAACGAUUUUGAUAAGCCCUUAGGCCGCGGAAUUUCGGACAGACAACUGACAGGUGUAGGUUACAGAGAAAAAAAAACAAAAACAGAAAAAAUAUUACGACCUCGAAAAUUGUAUGCUAUCCUACAGUGAAAUGUGUCGGGUGUAUGCAUAUGCGUUUGUGUUGUUAUUAUUACGAUAUCUGUAUCGAUAAUCGUUAGACAUAUUAUAAUACACUAAUUAAUAUGAUCGCUACUGUUCGGGUAACAUAACAGUCCGAACGUAAAGAAUUACUACAGAUUAAUAUUAUUAUUAUUAUUAUUAUGUGUGCGAUAAAAUUCGUUUUGUGGAACAUUGUUUAAAACAUUUUUCGUGUAAGGCCCAGCCACGUUGUUUAUACUUUUAAAACCAUCACUACCCUCUUAUGAACAAAUAUGUAAAUAUAAUAUUGUUUUUGUAAUUAUUUAAAACUCUAAUACGGUUCUACAGUGUCACAUCUCUAACUAUCCACGAGGCGCACCAAUUCUAUAAAAGACUUUUAGAUGAACAAUAAUGUAUAAAUUAAAUUAAAAAUUAUCCUAAUAACUACACUCAUAAAUUAUUUUGUACUCUUAUAGUUAUACUUUUUUAAACACGUAAAAAUACAUAAUUUUCGUUAAAAAAAUAAAUGCAAUACGUAUAUCUUCAUGGUUUAAUAAAAUUAUAUAACAAAUUCGUGUAUAACUUUUUCGAUAAAACUUGAAUGUUACCAAAAUAACAAAUUACAAUUAAAACUAUAUUUAUUAAAAGAAAUAACUAAGUUAUUUUUUAAAAUUUUGUUGUAAUUUUAACUACAGUUAAGUUAAAAAUAUUCUCAAAAGAAAAAAUUUUUAACUAUUUUACUUAAGUUACUAGCCAGCAUUGUAAUUGUGUUGUGCAUUAAACUUGUAAAAUUAAUUAUGAUUAUUUUAUAGUUACAACUAUACUUAAAUAAUUUUUGGAAUAGAAAUUAAUCGACGAAAUCACAUAUAGGUAAAUAGAUAAAUAAACAAAUCUCAUAAACUCAUACAUAAUGGUACGAUUAUAUUUGUGUGACGAGCCAUUCGUUUGUAUAUAUAUAUAUGUAUAUUAUAAUUAAUUCCAACAGUUAAAAUGAUAAAAACGUACAAAUGAAUAGCUGCGGUGGCAGCUAUUUGUAAACGAUAACAGUAUGCUGCAGGUAUUAGAAAAUUCGUAUAAAAAAAAAUUUAAAAAAAUUAACGUUUCCGUUAAUUUUUUUUCAUCGCACAUUAUGAAAUAAUUGUAUUCUUCCGAUGAUAUAGGAUUAAAUAUCACCCGACUAUGUUAAUUUAAGCAUUUAUAGACUAUAUUUGAAUAAUUUUGCUUAUUUUAAAAUUUAAAUAAGUUGGUACCUAUUUAAAUGUAGGUACCGCACCUACGAAUUAUUUACUUAUUUACUAUUUAAACGAUUUGUCAUUUAUUAUAAAUUAUAACGUUUGAUACCCGUAUAAAUANUGCGAUUAUUGAUUGAAUUGUUCUGAGGUGGCGUACACGGUACUCAAAAGGUUAUCAAAAAUGUCUAAAUUCUAAUUUUUUUUGUAAAUUUAAUGUUUUAUUAUGUAUUAUUGAAGUGCAACAUAUUUAACAUAAAACCCACUUUAAGAUAAUCAUUCACAUUUUUAAAACAAAAUAAAUCGUAUAUAGAAAGCUAUUAUUAUAGUAUAUGUUUAUUUUCUAAAACAGCUAGUUACAUUUAAGUAUUGAAAAAAAAAAAUUUUUGUAGUUAAUAAAAAUAUCACGAGUAUAAUAUAAACCUACAUUCUAAAUAAAUCGAAUAAAACAAGAGACAAAAAAAAAGACUAAAAAUAUUUUGCAGAAUUGUAUAUAAUAAUAUAUAUAUUGACUUGUUUCCAUAAACGCCGUAUAAUGUAGACAUGAUGUAGUCGAUGAAGAAUAUGAGUACCUACAUAUAGAAAACAAAGGAAAUUUCCAUACUUUGUGUCGUACAACAUUUUUUAAUUUUUUUUUUUUUUAAGAAAUAUAUGUUGAAGACACACCUCUACAGCGUAACAGCUAUACUGCGAUAUUUAACAUAUUUUUUAAAAUCCCUGCUUUUUUCAACUUUAUCGAUUCGAAAAUUAUACGAGUAAAAACUCAAACUAAUAAAAAUUAAUAAUGAAUUAUACAAUAAAAUUAUCUAAAUGAUUUUACAGAACGCCCAAUUUGUAUAUCAUAACUAACCCUGUGAAAUCUGCAAAUCGAUUUCCGAAUAAAUACAAUUUAUUUAUUUUUCCGUAGUCUCAUAUAUGUGAAAACACAAAAGGUCGAUUUAAAUGUAGGUAAUAUUUUACUAAAAAUUAUAAUAUGUAUAGCGUUUGUGUCCUCGAAAUUCUAUAUUAAGUUGUACAUAUAUAGGUAUGUACGUGUUUAUUAAAAGUUCAAAUAAAUAUUCAAAUAUGCAAUUACAAAAUAGCUUUUAUAAUCGCGAAUAACUUCUUUUUUAAAAAUAAAAAAACUGGUUAUCAUAAUGCACACGCGUGAAAAACAAGGUAUUAUAUCGAAGCGUUUGUUUGAGUUCAUUAGUGUUAAAAAAACAAACAAAUAUUUAAUAAAAUUUCAUCAGAAACGGGAUGAUUUCACUUAGAAGAGGAUUACUGCACUCCCAAAAAAUAUAAGAGGUUAUAGUGUAAAUAUUCAUCCCCUACCCUACCCCUACCAUUAGCCGCCAUUUGAUUUUCGAUCUUGUAAUUCGAGUAACGGUUUCUAUAUUCUGGCUCGCGUACCCAAUUGGUAACGAAUUUCAAAGAAAAAUGCAAUGCUAAUGCACCACCAAUAUGAUUGACAAAAAAUAUUGAAUCGUUAAAACAAAUGAAAAAGAGCUGGAACUGGGGAUGGGAGCGGCCACUGUUGUAGAUGAGAAGUUGGGAAGGUAGGAUACAUAAGGUUAUUUCAUUUAUACUUGUAAGCAACGGUAAACCAUUGCUUGACGAAAGACAACUUCGAGCGCAGUUCGGUAAUACAUAAUUCGAAGUGCCGUAUUUUUUUUUCCUAUUUUCGUUUAAAUUUGAUUUUAAAACGCUUAUAAAAAAAAAAAAAAGUCUUCCGGUGAUUUUGGAAAUUUUACCACCUCAAGGUAAAUCCAAUAUAAGUAUUAUUACCAAGUUUCAAGUCUACAUGUAUUUAUAACCGAAUUACAGCAAAAAACUCCCAAAAAUUAAAAUUCCUUAAAAGCUCAAAAUUGGCAAAAGUUUUGACAAUGAUACUAUAAGAAAGUAAAUCAAAAAAGGAAAAAAAAAGUGUCUUGUAAUUUUUCAAUUAAAUCGUUUUCUCUGGUAGAAAACGUCGUCCGGGUUUUUAUAAAAUAAUAAAAUCGUGAAAUUGUACGUUUUCCUACGUUUUUCCCUCUUGAGUGUUUUUAUUUAAUUGUCCUCGAAAAUCAAAAAUUACCUAUUUAAAAUCUAAUAUAGACAACUUGAGCUUCCAGAAAAUAUGCUACACGUUAAAAUCAGAGUAAGUUUACUAGAAUAAAACGUGUCCACAGACUAGAAGAAAAAAAUAAAAAUAAAAAAAAAUCUUAGUGAAACCAAUAGCUCCCUCACUACGAAUGAAAUAUAGAACUACUAAAUUUCUAUCAUUUCUGUUACCUAUAAUAUACAGGGUGAUUUUUUUUUUUUAUCAUGAACCAGAAAUUGUUUCAGAGGAUUUUAAGUGAAUUUGAUUUCUGUUUUUCCUCAUCAAUAUGGAAUUGUUUAAACUUUUUUUUGAAAAAUAUUUUAAAUUGCCUAUCUAUAUUACCCUAUAUUACUCUAUAUUACCCUUCUCUACUUCUCUGAUCUAAAUUUUAAACUGUUUUAACUCAUAAACGGUAAAUCUGAUACUUGUGUUAUGCCUACUUGUUUAUGAUAUAUGGAAUAAGGGUGAAAAUUAAAAUAGUUUUAAAACAAAGAUUAAAAGAUUCCAUAUUGAUAAGAAAACCAGAAAUCAAAUUCACUUAAAAUCUUUAGAGAUAAUAUGGUUCAUGAUAAAAAAAAAUCACCCUUUAUAGUGUAUACUUGAAUAUUGAGAUAUAUUUUGAAAUUAUUUUCCGUGCGAUUGACAAAUUCAUUAUUUCAUAUGUAUUUUACCGGAACACGUUUCCUCUGAGGCUAACAUAUUAUUACAGCCUAUGCGGGUAUAAAACAAUAAUUAUAUAAUGUUAUAAAUGAACAAAUAUUUGGGGCUCCGUACCUAUACUCAUAUUGUAAUACACCGGUUGCAUAUUGUACGUGCAACAACCGUGUGUAGAAAAAUAAUACUAUCUCACAGAUACAGUAAACAAUAAUACAAUAUUAUUAUCCUUGUACCAAUAUAUUCGUCAUGGUGAAUUAAAAUUAUAAUCCAAUACGAUACGUUGUUUUCACAUUUUGAUAUACCGUAUAUUUUGAAGGAAAAAGAAAAGAAAAGAAAAGUGAAAUAGUCAUGACUAUAAAACAUUUUAUCAUCUUCCGUUGAUUGUUAUUACGAUGUUAUAAUAAUACAAGUACAGAUAAGUAGCGAAAUUAUUAUUGGACACAUCCUUUUCGAACAAAAUUGUGGACGUUUUAUUUUUCAGGUCGAACCAUAAGGUUAAGUUAGGUUACAAUGAGUUAGGUAUGAAAACUACAAAAAUAUUAUUUCCUUUAUCAUUUUUAUAAUUUGCAUAAUGGGGCCUGGCACCGGUUUUCCAAAUUUUUUAUAAUUUUGUUAAAUUGGUUUUAACAUUUUAAUAACCCGUUUAAAAAUAAGCCGAUUUUUCAUUGAUCUACUACUACACGAUACUAAUUUUAGAGGAAGGGCUAAAGCUUUUGUUUAAACGAAAACGAUGCAUUAUCAAUAUAUUAUUUUUCUAUGUUUUUUGUAUUAAUUGAUAAAAAAUUAUAUUCUAUAGACCGCAUUGAACCGAUUUUCCGUUUGAUUUCAAAUAACAAUUUUUAUAAAAACAUUGUUUGCAUCUUCUUUCUAACACACAAAAUAUAAGAGUUUUUCCUUUCAUGUCUUGGUGCCAAAACACAUGCUGACACCGAGCAUACUUUUAAUAGUAAUUUAUUAUCAUACCCUUGUUAUAACAUUUUCAAAAUGUAUCAUUAUAUUAUAAUGCAUAAAUAAUAGUGUUACAUCUUAUAUACUACGUCGUAUCCGUUUACUACGUAUAUAGAGCGAAACGUACGAGUGCAGUUAUAAUUUGCGAACUUUUUAUUUUGGACUAAACAAUAAUAUUAUAUAGAGUUCAUAAAACUUACAGUUUUCAAUAGAUAUUCAAUAUGCGUCAUAACUCAUAAUUAUCGCAUCGUUUUUAUAAUAUAUUAUAGUUGUACAAAUUAUUUUAGUUUAUAUAAGAAAUCAAAUUGGGUGAUUUAUUAUUAACGAUCGUAUAAUCGACUAUACAGGGUAAUCAAUCCAGCAUAAAACACUCAUAUAUUUUUUAUAGAACAUUUAAGAAAUAAGAAGCUCUACAAUUUUACAUUUGUCUUAUUUUUGUCAUCCUUAUUUUGGUUGUAAAAUAACUACGUCCUUUUGAUUUUUUAAUGGUCAUCUAUAAUAAAGGUUUAUAAAUACAUGGAGUAUUAGUUGAAAUAAAUUUUGGUGUUGAUAUUUUUGAUUUCCGUCAAUCCGUUAAUGAGAUUUGUACUUUUAAGUUUGGGUCGAAGGAGAGUAAUAGAGCAUCAUUUGUGGGGUGGCACGUUGCACGGCGUUUUAAUCAUGCAAAAAAAUAAUAUAAAUGUAAAAUUGUAGAACUUCUUGUUUCUUGAAAGUUCUAUGAAACCAAUUACAAAAAAAAGUUAACACAUUCCGAGAUAAUAAAUACCUUACUCUAGAUUGGUUACCUGUAUAUUAUAUCAGUUGAUUUAAAUAAUAAUAUAUUAUACAUUGUACACGAUAAUAAUAAUAUCGGUGUUAGGACUGUAAAACAGCCGAGUUACCUAUAUAUUAUUGUGACAGACGAAUGCCGAUUAACAUGAGUAUACCUAAUGUGAAGGUGAAACAAAUGUAUUAAACGAAAAAAAUAAAGAGAAAGAUGAAGAUUGAAUAGAAUGCGAUCUUCUUCGCUGUAGGAAUCUAUUGUUUGAGGGAUUUUUUUUUUAUUUCCUUACAUCUGGGAAUUGUGUGAACUACACGGACAUCACAAUAUGGUCUUCUUAGACAUUAUAUUAUUUUGUUGAACAUCGCUGUUAUAAACCAUAGUAUAUAACUGAAUCUAAUAUACAAAGCCGUUCGGCAAAACGCUUUUAUUUAUAUCGUAUGUACAGCUCUUAUAUAUAGACCCUCCACUAAUAUCGAAAGUGUACGAGUAUAUUAUAUUAUAAAUAUAUAAUAUAACCUAACCUCCCAAUCACAUUAUUUUAUUUUCGUUCUCUAAUAUUGUUAUUAUUAGAGCUGUAAAUUUGUAGGAAAGUAAAUUUUUGUUUGUCGGUGAUUAAGAACCUUAGUAACUUUAUAAGUACAUAAUUUGAAUUAUGAAACAACAAAUACAUUUGUGAAACUUUUAUUUUGCAUUUUUUGAAGUUUUUAACUUUUUAGUUCAUUUUCCGGUAUUUUAAAUUAAAUUCAGUCAGUUAACAUCUUUGAAAACUUUUUCUUUUUGUUUUUCACAGGUUGUAUAUAUAUAUCAAAUUUAUAUUUUAUAAAAUUUUAAGUUUGUUUUAUUAUUUUAACAAAAUAAAUAGGUAAAUAAAAAAGAAUUUAAAAAACGUUUCAUGAAUCAAAAUUCAUAUUCAAUCAACAUUUUUAUAAUUUGUUUUAUUAAAUAAUUACAUUUUUAUGGAUAUAAUAUACUUAAAUUAAUAUAAAUAUACAAAUUAAAUUAAAAACAAUUUUAAGUGCAUUUUAUAUUAAAUUUAUUGGCAUUUUAGUGCAUUUGUUAAGGUUUUUUAAAGCAUUAAAUUUACAGCCCUAGUUAUUAUUGUUAUUAUUUUUUGUUGUUAUUUAUGAAAAUUUAAACGAAAACACGUGUUUGAUUAACAUAGGUAAAUGUUGUUUUUUUCAGCCUGGACGCGUGGCCACGUUAAUCGAAGACCCUCAGGUAACCAAAUUUUAAGUUUUUUACACUAUGAUACAUACAUUAUUUGUAUUAUUUUAUACACAUCACUGCAAUGAUAAUAUAACACCUACCAAAAUGAAACUAAUUUCCUUUAACCACAUUCCGUUUAUAGUAAACAUUGAAAGAACACAUGACCUUCAUAAUAUAGGUACAUAUUAUCAUAUAGUGCAUGCAUAUUAUAUAUAGUGAGUGAUGAUGAUAUUAUUUUGUGUAUAUAUUACAUUCUGUAUAAUAUACUAUAUAUACGUAGACAGUGGUUAGCCGGGGGGGAGAUCGUGGAUGUUAUAACGCCACUCAUUGCUGUUUUUAGAUUUAAGUAAAGUUAAGAAAGUUGUAGACCACUAAACUCCCCUAAAUCUCCCUACCCUCCUCCAUUAAUAAACUCUGGCUAUGCCAAUGAAUACAGAAUGAUUCACUAAGCACCACUAUCAUUUUUUUUUCGUUAAAUUUUACAUAUAUACAAAUUCUGAUUUUUGGAACUUUUAAGUAAUAAAUAAAAGGGGUAUUACUUUGAAUAAAUUUUGGUGACAACAUUUUUGAUUUCCGUCUACUCAUUGACGGGAUAUUUCACUUUUAAGUUUAGGUAAGAAGAGAGUAAUGGAGCACUAAUAAAACGUCGUGCGCCGUGCCGCCAAAUGCCGCGCCACACUAAUGAUACUCCACCACUCUCUCCCUACUUAAACUUCAAAGUGAAAUGUCUCAUCAACGAGUUGACAAAAUCCGAAAAUGUAUUUAAUGUAACACUCCAUCUAUUUAUGGAAUUUUUAAUGCAGAUUAUCAUUUGAAAAACCAAAGUUGGUGUCGCCAGAAAUCGGAAUUUGAACAAUUUGAAUAUAUGCAAAAUUUAACAAAAAAAAUGGGGUGAGCACGCUUAAUGAAUCCCCUUGUUUAUAUGUGAUUAUCUACGAAAAAAAUGUGAAACUACGAAUAUAUAUUGUUACGAUUGUUGGAACGAUUCCAUAUGUACAGGUAACGUCUGUAAUAAACCAAAAUUGUAUUUUUACUCGAAAUCUUCGUACAAAAUAAUCACGUUGGUUCGGGAUAAGAGAAUCAUCACUUGUGUAUAUAUACAUUUAUAUUUAUAUGUAUAUACGUAUAUUAAAUCAAUUACCUAUACGUUUACAAACCAUAAAAAUAACUAACGAAAAGUUCAUUCAAGUUUUAAUAAUGAAUAGCGUUUUAUAUUAUAAUAUUAUGUGCACGCUGUUGAAUGGAUUUAAUCAAGAAUACAAUUUUAAAAUAUCAGCACUAUAUUAUAAUAUUAUACCUAUAGUAAAACUAUAAUAGGUGUAAGUAACGUUUUUUCUUUAUCGAUUAUUCGUACGAAUAACAAGAGAUUUCCAUAAAUUAGCAAUAUCUACGUAAUACCUAUGAGCAUGCGGACUAAAUAAUGGCCAUACACGCACGUCACUGAUAACAACAGCAUUUAUAAUACGAGCUAAAAAAAUAAUAAUUGCUUUUGAAAUUUAUAAUACAAAUUUAUCAUAAUUAACUGUCUUAAAUAAUAUAUUGUUUGCUUAACAAUAAUUGUGUACAUACAAUCGCACCACCCAAACCAAUAAAAUUAUUGUAGCCAGUUAUAUAUUACAAGAUGUCGGAGUUUGAUUAGUUAAAGUCAUACGUUUAUAACAAUUAUAACUCUACUAGCUAUCCCGCCUGGCUUUACCCAUGCAAUAAAUGCUUAUCUUUAUGUUAGGUUAGGUUACUACAGGCAAAUAAAAACAUAUAAUCAUCGUUUUCCUUCCAAUUUUAACCCAGGUUUAGAACUCGCAGCAAGUUUUUCUUGCUGACACGGUUAAAAACUUUUUAGCUUUUUACUACUAGUUGCGCAGUGAUGGUCUAAUCGUCAUUAUGUUAGAUCUACUACUUCCACUAAUCAGAUUGACAAUUUCAAUAGUUUAAAACAUUCUACGGUCAAGCUAAUUAUUUUGCGAAAAAUCACGUAAAAAUUGGUCUAGUAGUUUCAGAGAACAUGAGUGACGAAAAUUUCUAUUUUUGCAUUUAUUAUAUACAUAGAUCGUUUUAUUUUUAUAUAAUUAAUGUCUUUUGCCUAAAUUUUACGAAAUCAAAUUUAAAAAAUAAAGAUAUAUUUUGUUCUACAUGAUUAAAAUACUAUCAACUCAAUGUAGAAACCGUAACAAAGAACAAACAAUAAAAAAUCCACAUUGGCAAGCUUCUUAUACUCGUCGACUAUAUAUAGUUUUAUUUGUACUUGACAUUUUUUUUUUUGGUUAAUAAGUCCGCAUCCACGUCCAUAUGUGUACAGUAAUAUUUGUGUUUCUAUACAAAUCAUAGAUAAUAAUGUUAUUGACAAAGCUGGGCAAGUUAAGCAAUUUGUUUUAAUCAUAGUGUAAUGUAAGUUAUUCUUAAAAAAAAAACGUAUACAAGUUAAAGUUCGUUUUAAAAUAUAAAUGAAUUUAUAAACAUCUUCCUACUAAUCUACCAAUUUUCAGGAAAUUUCAAUUCAAGUUGCUUUUAUUUUUAAAAUCACCUUUAACAGUUAGUGUAGGUAACUCAAAUUAAUUUAUAAUUAUAUUUUUAAAUUAACUUAAAGUUAUUUUCCAAUGUUAUAAUUUUGUUUUGGUUUUUUUAAAUUUUUAAGUUAAAGUUAUAAUGUCGAAAUAAAUGUAUAUCUUAACAUUCAACUCUUUAACUAGUUACCGCCAUAUUUGAUUAUUUUGAUUAUAAAAUUGCAUUGCGUAUAAAUAUAAUGUAUGUAUGUAUAGAGCCACCUACUUUUAUUGCACUCAUACUAAUAUGUAAUUGUUAUUCAUAUCUCAUAAUAUAUCAGUAUAUAACGUCCAAAAUCAUAAUUCUACUACUGAUGCAAUUUUAUUUUUAUUAUGAUAUGAUAUUAGAAAUGAAUCGCUACGUACACAAUAGACAUAGUAUAUUAUAUUUAUUUAUAUCCUUGAUGGUUCCUGUUUCGGUAUGGCCAUAUAAGAAUUCCGUUUGUAUUGAAAUAAAGCAUACGUUACACUUUGGAUCCUAAACUUAGCGGUGCAACUUUGAUGAGCGGAUUUUUUUCUGCAUACAAACAACUUUUCUACCGGAAAUCUUGUUCCGAUAAUCAACUGUAGCAUAUUUUUUAAAAACGAAUUUUAUCUAGUUGGUGUAUUUAUGAGGUCUUAUUUUUUAUUUUCCAAAUAGUUUUUUAAUAGUUGGGAAAAGUAGGGAAAACCACAAAAUAACCGUUUUCGUUAUUUUAGAUUUGGAGUGGAGCAAGAGAUCUAUUGGAUUUACUACAAUAUGUUUUUUUUUCUGUCUGUAAACAACUUUUCGAACAGAAAACUUGCUCCAAUCGAACAAUUACAAAAGACCUUUUUGGUUGCAUUUUAGAUCUUGUUGGUGCGUUAGAGAUGUCAUUUUUUGAUUUUCCAAAGAGUUUUCAAAAUAAUUGGGAAUAACCGGAAAAAUAAUUAUAGGAAAAUUGGCAAAUAUUUACAGCGGGGGAUCACCGAUUUCAGUGAAUAUAAUAUUAUGUUUUUAUACGUAUUCGCAAGUACUUACGCGUAUUUAUUCUCUUAGUACCAAUUACCUUUUCAUUAAUUUAUUAAUUUCUAAUAGUUAAACGCUUUCCUAAUAAGAAAUAAUAGCGUAUUCUUUACAAGACUGUUAGGUAUAUGAUGGUAUACCGGAAUGGAACGAUUGGAGCUUUUUACUACUUCUAUAACGGAGUAAACGAAAACUAAAAAACGAAAAUAUAAGAAACGUGGGUAUUAUUGUAAUGGGUAGUAGGUAUAUAUUAAGUGCCUAAUGUAAACAAUGUACUAUAAUAUUUUAUACGGGUGUAGAUUAUAAAAAAUAUAAUUGUCAGUAGAAAACGUGUAAAACAAAUUUUGAAUUGUUUUUAUGGGCACUUCGUGAAUCAAAGUAUAGGUUUUUAUUGUAUUAUAGUUGUUAUAAGACAGUAGCGAUUAUAAAUCAAAACUCCGAGAGCGGGUUGCGACCUUGGGAGGUCUUUAAAAAAUAUAAUAACAGGCAUUACUAUAAGAACAAAAGGUCCCCUCUGAAAUUCAAAAUAUUAUUAUUACCUACUACCGUUAUUUCCGAAUUGAAAUCAUACUUCGUGAAUCGAUGGUUAUUAUAGAUUACUUUGUUUUUUUUUUUUUUUUAGAAACUCAAAUUAUGGCUGUAAUUUUUAUAUUAGGGCGGUUGGUGGGAAACAGUAUUUGUGUAUCUGUAUGUUAUAUAUUUUUUUUUUAAUGAAAUAUCUCCAUGCCGCAAUAGUUAUAAUUUCGUCAUUGGAAAGCUGUGUAAUAUAUAAUUAUUAUUUUUUAGAUUUAUUUAAAAUCAGCACAAUUUACGAGUAUAUAAUUUUUUUACACAACUAAGUAUGUUGGUAUAUGAGCGUUAUAGUUUCGAUUUUUUUUUAUCUAAUCAUUACGACUGAAUUUUAAAUGUUUCGACAAUCGUAUAAAUGUAAAAAACGAACUGUGUACAAUAUUUCAAGAUAUAAACUGUAGUGUACACUAAUGUAAUAAUCACUAGCUAUUGCGCUUUUAGGCAGUAUUGCGAAUUAUUUACACUAGACUAUAGUAAUUCCUAUACUAUAAAAAAAAACCAAUUCUGCGGGUUCAAUCUCAGUAAUAAAAAUCAUAAUAUUAUUUUCAAACCACAGUUUUACUCGUCAGCGUCCAUAUACUAACGAUCAUACGUUUUUACCUUAACCAUAUAGCACCCAGCCCGGACUUUUUACUUUUUUGUCCAUGUUUUAUUAUCACAAUGAUCGGUUAUUAUCGGUAGAUAACUGUGCUACCGGAACAUUUUUAUCUAGAUUCAGUAAAUAUAAUCAAAUUUAAUUUCAAUACAAUUUCACAUGAAAUAUCUAAAAUCUUCACCGCGAAUUUUAAUAAAAAAAAAUAAUAAUAACAAAUAAAUGAACCUUAUACGUAUUAUACACUUUUAUCUGAUGAACGUGAGAGGGUGAAACCCUGAAACGACGUGGUUGUUCUGGUUAUAAGUGAUUGCAGUGUACACGUGUUUCUACUAAUAUUAAUGACGUAUAUAUCGCGUGUGAACCGAGAAAAUUGUAUGUGAUUUUUUAUAGGAAUAAAGAAUUUUUAGCUAUUACGAAAUAUAGCUAUUUAAUACAGGGUGAUUCUUUUAUCGUUGAACACACGGAAAAUUAAAAAAAUAUUGACUUUUUAAAGCACUGUUAAAACGCCGCGCGCCGUGCCGCCUCACCAAAGAUGAUUCACUACUCUUCACCAUUCCUACCCAAACUUAAAAGUGGGACGAGAUAUUUCAUCUCGUUAACGGGUGUCGGAAAUCAAAAAUAUCAAUACUAAUAUUUCUUUAAACUGACAUGCCAUCUAUAUUUAUUGAAUUUAUAAUAUAGGAUACUAUUCAAAAAUAGACAGUCGUUUUACAGAUACAAAUAAGGGUGACAAAUAAAACAUGGUGACAUUUUAGAGCUGCUUGUUUCUUUAAUUGCUUCGAAUUGUAUCAAACCAAUAGAAUAUUGAAAAGUCAAUACUUUUUGAAAUAAUGAGUGUCCAACGAUGAAUAAGAAUCGCUCAGUAUAAAUGCGCAUAUUAAAUACCAUUCUGUUUUCCUUUUUACUGUAUGAUCAUUUUUUACAAGGCAAUUUUUAACCAAACGUCCAAAAUUUAAGCAUGAGCAUCACAAUUUAUGACUUUCAUACCUAUUAUGAACUGCGUAAUAUUAUCAUUAUUAAAACCCGCUCCGGAAUAUAAUUUGGAAAAAAAAACAGCGCGACGACGACAGUCGGAUGAGUCUCAGGUUUAUAACCUAAUAUAAUUUAAUCAAUAACCAGUUGUAUUGUAUUGUAUAUGUUUGCAGUUUAGAUGAUAGUUGAAGAACGAUUCCGUAUAAGUUACUAUUCCGUAAACACCGUAAACACCUUUUUUUUUUUUUUAUCUCCGAGUGUCUUUUAUAAUUCGGCACAGUCAUGAUGAUUGCUUAUUCAACACAAUAUAUAUUUUGUUUUCAUAAUCAAAAGGAAGGCCCUAAAAAUUUGAGCUCCUUGUGUCAUGUGCACAUGCGUAAAUCAGUGGCCUGGCCACAUCUACUAACACGUCUAUAUAAAUGUACACGUAUUCCAGUAUAGGUGAGCUCCAGAUCCGCGUGGGCCCAGGACAAAUUUACUACAACGUUUCAAUCAUUACUGAUUUACGAGUAGAAUAUUCUGGACGCUCAUUCUUUAUUAACGUGAUUGCCUGCACCGACAAAAUGUACAUUGAACAUUUAUGUAAACAAAUCUCAUAUGUUAAAUAUGGAUAAUUUUAAUACGAUUUUUUAAUAAAAAUAUAAAACAUAGGUAAUAAUAAAAAUAAUUUAACCUAAUUCCAAUACAAAUAUCCUGGAGAAAACAAUUAAUAUUUUUAAUAUAGGUAUGCAGCUAAUUCUGAAAACUGUGUGCGUAUUAGAUCAGCUUGUUAUAACCUAUAUUAUUAUUAAAUUUGUUCAAACGAGCGGAAUAGUACAGCCAUAAAAGGGACACAAACGUACGAAAUCGUAUAUUUACGUAGGUAGAUGAUAAACCGAAGACGCCCGAGAUUUUAUUUCUUAUCGCGAUAAUAUUAUUAUAACAAUAUAUAAGUAUAUCCAACAUAUCAAUCUGUAUAGCAAUAAAACAUUUUUUUUAUAAUACCUACUGCAGUCACACGCCGCGUUUGCUAUGUAUAAACUGCAGUCUACAGACGAUUGCGGUGGCGACGGACGUAUUACGACGAGUAGAUUAUAAUAAUAUAAUGUACGGUGCAAAGGUUAAAUAUUUCGUUUUGAAAAAAAAAAAAUAAAAAAAUCACUCACUCAAUGAACUAUUUAUAUUAACCAAACCAAAAUGUGUACGUAUAUACGUAUCAUUUUUUAUUACCGGUUUUCGUCCUUGGCCGUCGUGCCCGAGACUCCUCCGAUUCUUGUAUAAUACGCAGUCGACCACUUCACAUUUUCGACCCCCUCGUCGUCGUCUUAUAUACAAGACGAUCGACAAAACAUAAGACUCGUCAUCUCGGAUUAUCCUUAACUUUUUUUUUGAAAAAUCAAAAAUAAAUGGCGGUUUCGCCUCCAGCGAAAUAACGGUUGUAAAAAAAACAGUUUUUAAAUUUUCUGAAAAUUAAAUUUCGAAAUCAAGUCAAAUACUUUCCGAGUGUAUUAUACGUCUCGUCAAUCACCCUGUAUAGCGAUAUAAAUUAUAAAAUGUCAAUUAUAUUUUGUUAUAGUAGACCUUAUACGCACGGUAACUCUGAUUUUUCGGUCACUACUGUUUUGAACGAAGACAGCCAGCUAUAUUAUAACUCGGCGGAGGUCUGUUUUCUUCGUUGUUAUGAUAAUACGGUUCUCGCGUUCGCGAAGCACUUAUCAAUUAAUGUUUUUCCUUUUUUCGUCCGUCGCUGUAGAUACAUGUACGCCUUUCACCACGGCCUCCGUCGAAAUAGUGGUUUUUUUUUUUAACAACCCUUAUAAUGUUAACGGAUUUUUUGUCGUCAAAUUUUUCCCCGAAAUAAAGCCUAUAUUUCACUCUAUUACGUCGGUCGGGUUCAAUAUGAAUCGCACCAUGUCCAUUGCGGGAAAAGGGUGAUUUGUUUAGCUUUGCACACGACCUAUAACAGAACCCCCCCUCCCGAAUGAAGCCAAGUGGAUUAAAUUUAGUAAACGUAUAACAAUAAAGUACCAAUGACGUACCCUUUAGGUAGGUUUCGACUUUCAAACGCCACUCUUCGUACCAUUUUUACGACAGAGCCUAUUUUUGUGUUAAUACCAAAUCUAUUGUGUGCAGUACGAAAUUAUAAAAUGUAUAAUUUUAUAUAAAAAUAUUUCUAAACUAUGUUUUGUUGUUAUAAUAUUUUUUAGUUAUCUAACAAAUUUAGAAUAAGUAUAUCAAAGAGAUUUGAUCAAAUACAAAGUAUUUUAAAACUGGUUAUUUAUUAUUAUGAUGUUUCAAAACUUAUUAUCUUAAUGCUUGUUAUAAUUAGUUUACUGACUUUAAAUUAGGAAUUAAACCCAGAGGAACGUUAUUUAAACAAAUUUGUUGAAAGAAUAAUGUAAAAAUUAAAUAUAAACUAGUUGAUAGUAUGUAAUAUUUUUUUUUUUAAAUUUAUUUCUUACAUUGUCCAUACAUUUCUCCUUGAUAAAGUUUAAACCUAGAAAUAUUUGUUUAAAAAAAAUUGUAAGCAACUUUAAAUGGUAGAAAAAUUAGUGAAAUAACUGUAUUUAAGGGUAUGGAGGCAAAUUUUAUUUUGUGUCCAUGAAAUUAUAGUCUAAACUAAAUACAUGUCAUAUGAAAUAUUACAAAAAAUAGGCCCUGUUUUACGACCGACUUUCGCCAUCUUUUAGACAUGUAAUAUACCUAAUUAUUGUAUAAUAUCGUAGUGUACGGUUAUUUAUUGUUACAUAAAGAAUGUUUUCUAAACAACAAAAUAAGUGUAUAAGUGGGGGGGGGAGAUUUAACUCUAAUGACGAAACACCACCGCUCGCGGGUGUUUUUAAUUUUUAGCAACGAUUUUUGGGCUGCUACAGUACGUAAUUUAUAAAUAGGUUUGCCUAUCGGGUUAACUGUUGCAGUUUUAUAGGUAUUAGGGAAAUAUUAGGGAUAUGAAAAAAAAAAUUAAUUAAAAAUUUGUUGUGCACACAACGGGAGUUUUUCGGUGUAUUGCGACACGCUUAUACGUUUAUAGUGGAUACGCGAGACACUGACAGACCGGAAAUUAUAUUUAAAAAACAACAAAAACCUGUCUAUAGUUGUGUAACAACAACGCUACGUAUAUUAUUAUUAUAAUAAUAAAUUGUUGUUGUUGUUUUUAUUUCAAAUUUUAAUAAUAGUAUAUGUUUCGGAGGGGUACGUCACUAUAUAAUAAACGCUACAGUGAUGGGGGGUUCUAUUAUAUGCCAUCCGUGAGGGAAUACGGUGGGCAGAUGCGGCCCACGCCGAAUGUUUCGAAAACCCUUACACUGGUAUAUGUAAUAAAACAAAAUCAAUAAUUCGAUUAUUGUAUUUAUUGAUUUUCUUUAUUUCCCCCCCCCCCCAGCGAUUAAUAAAAUAAAUCUACGAUCACCGAUUGUGUUCGUCCCCGCGGGGGUGGUUAUACUGCGGUUCUCCUCUACGUUAUAAUAAUGUAAAAUUCUUGAUCGUUUCGAAAAUGAUACACUCUGAACCACCUCAGUCUACAGUAAUAUUCCAGUACUACGCGAUCGACUUGAUACAUAGCUCGUGUAUACCAAUACACGUAAGCCAAUAUUAACUGUACAAAUAUAAUAAAAUAAUUUUAAGAAAAGGCCGCAUUGCUUUGUUAAAUUUUGCUUUGUUGUUUAGUAAAAACACAGAAAGAAAUAUUCGGUUAUACACGAACAAGAAUAAGAAAAUGUACUUAUUAAUAUACAUAAUUAUAGAUACGGAGCUUUUACGAAUAUUGCAGGUCUGACGAUAAAUGAAUCAUUUAUUAAACAAACUAAUAAGUUCAUGUACUUAAGUUAAUCCACAAAAAGUAACUUUUUUCAAAUAAAUUUAUUCGUGUUAUUAGAAAAAAAAAUACUUUGUGUUAAUCAUUUGUCAGUUUUAGAAAAUUGUAUUUAAAAGGACUCAAACCGUCAGAGGAGGGGAUAUUUAAAACUCCUCUUACCGCUUUUGAUUUUUAAAAUAUUUUUAAACGCUUAUUUUGACGAUUUAAGGGUUUUUUUUUUUUUACGGAUUUUAAGUGCAUAAACAUCUGAGCCCUACUAAUAAGGUAGUACGUUUAGAGCCAGGGUAAAUCUUAUUUUGGGGCCCUUAGUGGUAAAAAAAUUAAAAAUACCCAAUAUCUAAGUAGUUAUAGAAAAAAUUAAAACUUUGCAAACUGUACGUUAUAACUAUCUACCUAAAAUGUAUUUAUUUCCAUUUUGAAAUACUGCUGUCCAUGUAUCACAAAUAAAUCUUUAUUUUUAGAAGUUGAUAUUUUUUUUUCCAUAAAUUUCUUAAGCCAAGGGUCAAAAAGUUUCAAUUUUUUCAUAUGGUAUUCCGGCAUUCGGAUGCCCCCCAAACAUCUGCUGCCCGGGGCAAGUGCCUAUAAAGCCCUCCGUCAAAUACGGCCCUGCGUACGCUUAUAUUAGCAGUUAGUCGAGUUCAUUCUCGAAUUGAUAUCCUCGUCCAUAUAUAUUUAUGUGGUGAAAUUAUAAUUAUGAUAAUAUUAUAUUGUGCGACAAAUAUAAUAAACAGUUGUUUUAUUGUUGUUUUACAGGGUUUCGUGUGGGGCAAGGCGUUCCUGUUACCGGACGAGACGGCGUUUAGAUACUUGGAGAUGCGCGAAGUGUACCUGGGCGGCUACGAGGUGCACAAGGUGGACGUGCUGUCAGACGACAUCAGCCGGAGCGUCAACGCUACCAUGUACGUGGCCACGCCGAACAAUAUCCAUUGGCUGGGCGAGGUGCCCAUUGACCAGUUGGCCACGCAGGUGGCUACGUGCUCCGGGUCGGCCGGCCACAACGCCGAGUACGUGAUACUGUUGGCGCGGUGGGAACGCCAAUACGCGCCCGACCACCGGAUCGACGCCGAACUCGCCGAACUCGAGGGACUGGUCAACGAGCGGCUGCGGGAGAGGGGCCUCCGGCCGGACGACGUGCUUGUCGGCAACAGGCCGACGUUCUCGUCCAUGGUGCCGGGCAAGACGUUGAGGUGUCUGAACAUAUGAAAACGAUCGACGCAAUACGGUGCAGCAAUUGUCGUGCACUCGUAUUGCGCACACGCAUUGUAAAUUUAUAAUAUUAUUAUAAUAUAUGAAUAAUCUUCAACGCGCUCGGACCGCGACCUCCGCGGAACUGUAAAACUUUCGCGAUAACGCACCCCGACACACAAUACAAACAAUUUCAUAUUAUUACACGUCGUGUUCGUAUACGACUCGUACGUCAUAAUAUACCGGCCGUUAUACCGCCGAACCUUAUUUCGCCCGUACCUGUUACGCGCGGCGCGGGUAUCGCAGUACGUAUACACGGAUACGCAUGCAGCGCUGUAUAGUGUACACUUAUGUCGAUGGUUCAGUUGUCACGGACGAUCGGACUGCGGGACCGGGACGCGAGCGAAACGCGAAUAUCCCCGCAAACGAGCGGAUCGCCGCGAGAAAACAAUUUGGGACAAAGGACAGAAAAAAAACAAAACCGAACAAAUAAUCUUUAAAAAAACUACCGCGUACAAAAACGACAGCGUUCAAUAAUUGACCGAACAAUUAUUGUUUUCAUUACAUUAUAUUUCAUAAUUAUUAUUAGAUAAUAUUUUAUUAUUCGACACGGGGACGUAACAUAAUCGUAUUUACUAUUAUUAUUAUUAUUAUUAUUAUUGUUGUGAAGGAUAUUAUAGCCGAGCCAACCCAUUUAUAACCGAUUCGGCUUUAAACCGUACUUAGCGAAUUUUGUUAACAGGGUACCUAUUUUGUAUGUAUAUACAGGUUGUAUCAAUGCACAAGUAUACACGGUUCGUUAUAUUAUUGUACGGAUAUUGGCUAUCUAUUUCUUUUUUUACUAUUCAGUUUUUAUACGAUAUUAGAGACGGAAACGUACGCCCAUUUAUUGUUGUCGUUGCUAUAAUAUUUUACUCGUAUUUUUUUAUUUUUAUUUUUUUUUUUUUUUUGUGUUAAUAUUAUAAUAGUACGUAGUUUAUGAAACUUUUUUUUUCUCGUAUACAUCGAUACGCGUAAAUGCGACGAACAGAUAAAUGUUCAUAUUAUAUUAUUAUUAUUGUCGUUAUGUGACGAUUUUUAUAAAAUCGUAUUCGCGCCGACGACCAGUAGUCUAGCUGGUAUACAAUAUUAUAAUAAUUUAUCGCUAAGUAUACGUGAGCUAUACAAUAUUCUACAUAUAAAAACCUACCUAAUAAUAAAAGCGCAUUAUUCCGCUCUAUAUGUCAAUAUCGAACGGAUUGAAUUUCGAGUUACGAUAGCGUUAUAUCUGUAUUUUUUUAUUUUUUUUUUUUGUAUAAACAAUAAAAUACCCAUAUCAUAUUAAUAUCGGCGUAGUUAAAACAUAAAUUACAAUAUAAGAGCUCAAAUUAUUACCUAAAAUUACGAUUGAAUGAUCCGCGUGUUACCACGGAUGUACACUAAUACGAGUAUAUAUUAUAUAUUAUAAUAUUAUAUGAUUAUGAUUAUAUUAAUUUUCUUUUGUAUUAUUAACGAUUAAUGAAAUUAUUAUGUUAUUUGUUUUUAUACGAGCGUAAACGCGCGCGUGUACAUACCGAUCACAGAGUAUCUCGCGUGGUUUACCAAAAAUAAAAACGUUAUUUACUACAUAAUAUUUAAAGAAUAAAAGAAGUGCGCAUCGCGCGCGUGUAUAUAUUUAUAUAUGUAUGUGUAUUCUUCUUUUUUUUUUAUACAUAUACUUUUUGACUAUAUUUACAAACGUGUCGAGUGAAAACUUUAUAUUUAAUCGAGUGGAACGGUUCCAAAAGAAAAAAAAAGUAUUUUAAACUCACGCCUGUGUGAUUUAUUUAUUUAUAUAUAGGUAUAAUAAUGUAAUGACGUAGUAAAAAUUAAAUAAGUUAAAUUUACUUUCGUUGAAUAAAAUAUUUAUUUUAUUUAUGAGUAGGUACAGUAUCGGCAAUUCGUUUCUAUAAGGGGAGGCCGGAUAAUUUGAAAAACAAAUUUCGAGGAGUUGGACAAAUAGAAAAAUGGUUGAACCUCUACCUAUUUGAUGUUUCGUGUUUAUCAUUUAAUACCUCCAAACCAAAAAUAAAUGUAUUUACUUCUGUAUUAAAAAUAAAAUUCCUUAAAAGCUCAAAAUUGGCAAAAGUUUUGACAAUGAUACUAUAAGAAAGUAAAUUAAAAAAGCAAAAAAAAGUGUCUUGUAAUUUUUCAAUUAAAUCUUUUUCUCUGGUAGAAAACGUCGUCCGGGUUUUUAUAAAAUAAUGAAAUCGUGAAAUUGUACGUUUUCCUACGUUUUUCCCUCUUAAGUGCUUUUAUUUAAAUGUUCUCGAAAAUCAAAAAUUACCUAUUUAAAGUCUAAUAUAGACAACUUGAGCUUUCAGAAAAUGUGCUACACGUUAAAAUCGGAAUAAGUUUACUAGGAUAAAACGUGUCCACAGACUAGAAGAAAAAAAAAGAAAAAGAAAAAAACAUCUUAGUAAAACCUAUUGGUUUUUCUAAAACUCGCUACGCUCGGAAUCUAAAAUGACAAAACGCUACUGGUGAUGUCUUCUACAGAUGGAAAAACAUUAAAAAUUGUUUACAAAGAAAUAUUGAGUAAUGAAAUCCCAUGGGAUUAAUGCGUUAAUAAAUAUUAUAAUACAAUGAUAUUAUCAUAUUCAGUUCAAAAUAUAUUUUUGGCUUAAAUCACGGCCUAGGGGAGAUGUUUCAAUACCCGAACACCCACAGGGGUUAAGCGUCUGCAGUAAUAUACCAGUAUCGGUUUGUAUUACUUAUAGCAUUAACUUCAAGGAUUAUAUUAUAUGAAACGAAUUGUUGCCAAUAUGUUUAGUCGUUACGCUUCAAAGAUAAGCCGCGCCUACUUGAGAUUAGUAUUUAAAUCGUUGACCCGAGUAUUUGGUAUGUACUUGUAACAUUCUCCAACUUAAUCUUAACAAUACAAAAAUAUAACGUAUACAUUUUUAAAAUUUACGGCUAUCGAUCUAUAACUACGCACCAAAAUAGUAUAAUAUACAUAAAGAGAAUGCAUGCAUCAAAAGAAUAUUCCAACAUAAUUUCAUAUUUCCUGUCUUUAUCACACGUUGUCGGCAGAAAAAUGUCAAUUAUUAUUAAAUCUAAUAACGAAUAUACACGCAUAAUGUAAUUUAUAUAGGUAC